AUGGAUUCACCAAUUAUUCGAGAUGUUGCACGGUGGACGGAUAGUUUUUUUAAAUCAAUUGGAGUUAAACCACUUCAUCCAACACCACCACCACCACCACCAGUAGUGUCAACGAAAUCCAUUAUUUCGGGUUUAAAUCUAUCUCCAGUUGCGAAAAAUUUUGUUCGUUGUGCUGGUUUAUCGGGUACUUUGGCCAUAUGUCUAGGUGUCUACGGUGCUCAUGUAUUGAAAGAUAACAAUCAAGAAGAACUUAGACGUUUGUUUCAAAUGGCACAAACAUAUCAUCUACUUCAUUCAGUAGCUUUACUUGCUCUACCAUUAGUUUCUCGACCAAUUUUAACCGGUUCUUUAUUUCUAAGUGGUUUAGCAUUUUUUUGUGGCCCAAUGUAUUUUCAUGCUAUUCGUAACGAUCCAAGAUUUCGUCUUGUAACACCCUACGGUGGUCUUCUUCUUAUUGCUGGAUGGUUAUCUAUUAUUAUAUUUUGA